GGCGGCGGCCCGGAGCGCAGCCCGCCGAGUCCGGCCAUGGGCAGCGGCAGCAGCCGGCGGCGGGGGCCCGCGGGCAGAGCGGGGCAGAGCCGGGACCUGCCGGGGACCGCGCCGGCCGACGGCGAGGGGGCGGCGGCACCGCCCGGCCCCGGCCGCCGAGCCCCGGCCGCCGGCGGCAGCGCCGAGCCCCGGGCCGGCGGGAGCAGCGCGGAGGCGGCGGGAGGCGGCGGCGGGGCCCCGCUCCAGCAGGCGGCUUUAUCAACCAGAAGCCCACCAGGCCCAGAGAACAACAACCUUGACCAGCAGUGCCCAGAAAGCAACAAGAAGCCAUUGGGGCAGUCCACAAUAUUAUAUGAUUACUCGGAGGAGGAGCUCAUGGCCAGCAUCGAGCGGGAGUACGGCCGCUGAAUGCAGUUCCCCAGCACGAGAACGUCAGGCACGAUCCUGGGAGCCCAGCUGGGCAGAACUGCUGCUGACACCACGACAUCUCGCCGUGCGAGACUGCACGGAGAGGUGGCUGGUGGAGGGGACUGGAGCAUGAGGGCAGCGUGGCUGCUUGGGAAGCACAAAAGAGAAAGUUCACCUGAUCAGCUCCCAGUGAGAGCAGGAAGAUCCUCACCAGCUGCUGAUUUCUGACUGGUGCCACUGGAAGAGGGACCAAUUCAUCUUAAGAAUCAAUAUUUAGAAGCUCAUUUCUAAAUGCCAUUUUUAAAUGAACAUGUACUAGAAUUAAGUGUCAUACUAGAGGUGUUGAAAUGUGAUGCUUUGAGGAAGAUCUUGCUUUGAACUUAGUAAAAAAAACAAAAAAUGCACCAAUAUCAUCUGAUCCAGAAUUUAAGGUGAUGUUGAAUGAAACUCAUGUUUCUGCCACAUAAAAUGUGCCAAACUGUGCUUGUGCAAGUCUCAGGUCCAGGUCUGAAUUUGGCACUGUCUCUUUCAAUCUGCUCCCCAGUAUGGGAGGGAAGAGGAGAAGGGGAUUGAACCCACCAUCUAGUGCAUAGGCAGUGUAAUCCCAGAGUUCAAAUCCCACCACACUGCCAGAUUAGGUUCCUGGGAGCCAUCAGAGAACAUAGGAUUUGUAUGAUCCCUUUGGGAUAGGGUCCCAGCCUAAGUGUCCUACCUGGGGCUCCUGGGCAUGGAUCCAUCCCAGUGAUGGCAGUGAAAGCAGCAGGCACAGCCCCAUUUCAGUCAUCCUCAAGAGGUAUUUGCAUUCUCUUGUAGAGCAGCUGUUUGGGAUCAGUUUUCAGAAUUGCUGCUCCUGGCCUUUCCCAAAUAUUUCUUAUCCUACAAGAAAAAUCACUGCAUUUUACCAUUAGCUGACUGCAAAGUAAACCAGAAAGUUCUCUUUCCUAAGGAAAUAGUAGUUUCAGUGCUCCCAGACAGGGAAGCCUGAUAUUUUGGGUUUCUGCUUUUAUUAUAUCUGCAUGUUAACAUAUUAUGAGUAUCUGCUUAUUAUCAGAAGUAGAAAAAUACUUUAUUCCUAUCUUCAGCUGAAGCAUAAAAGGCAUCAGAUUAAAUUUUCACUACAUGUAAAUGCAAGAAAAAACUGCAGGACACCUCUUAAGAUGCUGUAUUUUAAGUACUUUAUGAUUCCUGGGACCUGUGAAACAGAAAUAAAUGCAUCUAUACUCUGAA